GCUAUCCCGCCAGCAGUGACCGGCUCGCCUCCGCUCCAGAACCCCGCCAGGUACCGGAGUCCGGACUUUGAGGUUCAGGCAGCGGCGGCGGUCGGACUCGGGCUGAGGUGAUGAUGUCAUCCCCGGAGGGGCUGGGGCACAAUUCUGCACCAAUCGCAGCGGCUGUGUACUGAGGCCUCGUCAUCGGUAGCCAAUAGUGUCGCGGACCCGGCCUGCAGCCUGAGUUACCCCGGCCCAGUCACUUUCCGCACACCGCUGCCUUGUUGUUGUUGUUGUUGUUAGUGGCGGCCUGGGGCCGCUGUGUCUCUGGGUUGGGAGCCGUGACAGGGGCCGGAGGGGACCGGGGGACGGGGCGGGCGGCCCCGGAGAAGGAUGGCUGCGCAGGGUGUGGAGAAAAACCCCAACAAGAAGAAAACCGAGAAGAAAUUCGCUGCCCGGGAGGAAGCCAAACUGCUGGCGAGUUUCAUGGGAGUGAUGAACAUCAUGCGCAAACAGAAAACCUUGUGUGACGUCAUUCUUAUGGUGCAAGAUCGAAAGAUCCCAGCUCACCGCGUUGUUUUGGCAGCUGCAAGUCAUUUCUUUAAUCUGAUGUUUACCACGAACAUGAUUGAAUCAAAGUCCUUCGAAGUAGAGCUGAAAGACGCAGAACCUGACAUUAUAGAGCAGCUAGUGGAGUUUGCGUACACCGCCAGAAUUUCUGUAAAUAGUAACAACGUACAGUCCUUAUUAGAUGCUGCUAAUCAAUACCAGAUAGAGCCUGUCAAGAGAAUGUGUGUGGAUUUCCUAAAAGAACAGGUUGAUGCCUCUAACUGUUUAGGCAUUAGUGUUCUAGCAGAAUGUCUUGAUUGUCCAGAACUAAAAGCCACUGCGGAUGAUUUCAUUCAUCAACAUUUCACUGAAGUUUACAAAACAGAUGAAUUUCUACAGUUGGAUGUGAAACGCGUAACUCAUCUACUAAACCAAGAUACCUUAACUGUUCGUGCAGAAGAUCAGGUUUAUGAUGCUGCAGUGAGGUGGUUAAAAUAUGAUGAACCAAACCGACAACCAUACAUGGUGGAUAUUCUUGCCAAAGUCAGAUUUCCGCUUAUUUCCAAGAACUUUCUUAGUAAAACAGUGCAGGCAGAGCCUCUGAUACAGUAUAAUCCAGAAUGCCUGAAGAUGGUGAUCAGCGGGAUGCGUUAUCACCUGCUGUCCCCGGAAGACAGAGAGGAGCUCGUGGAGGGCACCAGACCUCGGAGGAAGAAGCAUGAUUAUCGGAUUGCUCUAUUUGGAGGCUCACAGCCUCAGUCCUGUAGAUACUUUAACCCCAAAGAUUAUAAUUGGACUGACAUCCGGUGCCCCUUUGAGAAGCGCCGGGAUGCGGCGUGUGUGUUCUGGGACAACGUUGUUUACAUUUUAGGUGGCUCUCAGUUGUUUCCUAUAAAGAGAAUGGACUGCUAUAAUGUUGUGAAAGACUCCUGGUACUCCAAAUUGGGACCACCGACACCAAGAGACAGCCUGGCGGCCUGUGCUGCUGAAGGCAAAAUCUACACGUCGGGGGGCUCGGAAGUGGGGAAUUCUGCGUUAUACUUAUUUGAGUGUUACGAUACAAGGACAGAGAGCUGGCAUACGAAGCCCAGCAUGCUGACCCAGCGCUGCAGUCAUGGGAUGGUGGAGGCUAAUGGACUGAUCUAUGUCUGCGGAGGCAGCUUGGGAAACAAUGUAUCUGGGAGGGUGCUGAACUGUUGCGAAGUUUAUGACCCCAAAACAGAAACGUGGACUGAACUGUGUCCGAUGAUCGAAGCUCGAAAAAACCACGGACUGGUGUUUGUGAAAGAUAAAAUAUUUGCGAUUGGUGGGCAGAAUGGCCUGGGCGGCAUAGACAGCGUUGAGUACUAUGAUAUAAAACUGAAUGAAUGGAAGAUGGUGUCACCCAUGCCAUGGAAAGGGGUGACUGUGAAAUGCGCAGCAGUGAGCUCGGUCAUUUAUGUUCUGGCUGGAUUCCAGGGAGUGGGGCGAUUAGGACAUAUCCUGGAAUACAACACAGAGACUGACAAAUGGAUUGCCAACUCCAAGGUCCGAGCCUUCCCCGUCACCAGCUGCUUAAUUUGUGUUGUGGACACCUGCGGGGCAAAUGAGGAGACACUGGAAACAUGAACAUUCAUGAUGUGCUUUCAGUUUGUCCUCGUAAUCCAUUUGAUGUUCCAUAUUAGAAAAAACAUUCAGUGGACAAAGUGGCCUAGACCUGUGUAUUUGUGACUCCUACAUAAUCUUACAGGAUUUUAAGUUGCUGUUAUCACUCUUAGGAGCAUAAUAUACUGGAGCAUUAAAGUUAUGGUUUUUAAUGUUACCUAAAUGCGGACUUUAAAAAUGACCAUCAAGAUGCAUCUGCUUAGGUAUGUAUACUAGUCCUGGCACCCUGUGAUGGACUUUUUAAGAAUCUAGGAAGCGUUGUCUUCAUUGUGUUAACUCUGUGGCAUGUCACAUUAAUCUGUCUCCGAUUUGAUGUUUAUUAUUUUGGUUUGGUUUUUUUAAAUACAUUGUAAACCACAA